CUCCCACGUUUCCGGUCAUGUGAUGUCACAGCCGUGCGCAGGGCUCGACAGUGAUGACGUAAUGAAGCUGCAGGGCAUAUCCAGGAAGCAGAGCCGGUAACGGGCCCGGUAACUCCACCUCUUCCGGGAGUAUGAGGGCGGAGCCAGGGAGACAUGGCAGCGAGUUCCGCAGGCGAAGAAAGCUGAACGACAUCCAGAAAGCUCUGAGCAGGGAUCCCCCCGACGUGGCCAUGUUACGGCGGAUGGCAAUUAGCGAGGGAGGCUUGCUGACUGACGAGAUCCGCUGCCAGGUUUGGCCCAGACUCCUGAAUGUCAAUACAGAGGACUUGCCUCCACCUCCAGGACCAGAACUGCGUGUGGAUAACAAAGAUUAUCAGCAGGUGCUCCUGGAUGUCAGACGCUCAUUGAGACGCUUCCCCCCUGGGAUGCCCCUCAAGGAGCGAGAAGACCUCCAGGAGCAGCUGAUUGAUAUCAUUCUGCAGGUGUUGGACCGUAACAGACAGUUGCACUAUUACCAGGGAUAUCACGAUAUUGUAGUCACGUUCCUGCUUGUGGUGGGGGGGCCUCUGGCCACUGCGUUGGUAGAUAAGCUGUCCACUCAUCACCUCAGGGAUUUUAUGGACCCCACCAUGGAUAACACUAAACACAUCCUGAAUUAUCUGAUGCCAAUCAUAGAACUAGUGAACCCCACGCUGUAUGAUUUCAUGCAGAGGGCUGAGGUUGGCACUAUCUUUGCCCUAAGUUGGCUUAUCACUUGGUUUGGGCAUGUCCUAUCAGACUUCAGACACGUGGUGAGGUUGUAUGACUUCUUCUUGGCUUGUCACCCACUGAUGCCCAUCUACUUUGCAGCCGUGAUCGUGCUGCACAGGGAAGAAGAGGUGUUGGAUUGUGAGUGUGAUAUGGCAUCGGUACAUCAUCUACUGUCUAAGAUCCCACAAGAUCUGCCGUACGAAUUGCUCAUCAGCCGGGCUGGGGAUCUCUUCGUCCAAUUCCCACCAUCUGAGCUAUCGCGGGAAGCAGCUCUACAGCACCAGGCUGAGAGGACUGCAGCAUCAACCUUCAAGGACUUUGAGUUGGCAUCCACUCAGCAGCAUCCUGAUAUGGUCCUUCGCCGUCGCUUCCGUCACGAGCCUGUCCUUCCGGAACACGGAGCAAAGUCCGUCCUUACCAAGCCACGCACCAACAGACUAGUGAAGUUGGCUGUCAUGGGCCUGACCGUAGCCCUGGGUGCAGCUGCUCUGACUAUAGUGAAGAGCGCUCUGGAAUGGGCUCCUAAAUUUGAACUGCAGAUCUUCCCAUGAGCACUACUGUGUGAGUGCUCCUGGGGACGCACAGCUGAACCCCCACCCCCACCCAGGAUUUAUAAACUCACUCUGGUUCCCUAUGAGAGACCACAGAUUUUGUUGGAAAUGGACUUGGAAACCACAUCUGUGCCUCUGGAUCCUCCUAGCACUCCCCUGCAUUGCUCAUCCUCUUCUCAUCCGUGACUUCGUUACCACUUUUGUGCCCUGGGAACGUCCGGCCGCACGCUCAAAGCUGGACAUGACUCUAUGCUUUGCUUGCCGUGAUUUCUAAACAAAACCACACACUCUCUUGACUUGGAGCCUUCUUGGCGUGGUGUACACAGGCACAUUAUUAACAUGUAUAUAAAGUUGUAUAGAUCUGUCACUCACUAUAAUAUAAAUCUUUAACACUCCUUUUUCAUGUUUGCUAUGUUUGUCCAGCCUGAACGUCUUCCGUAUAAACUGGGGCAAAAUGCUCGUUCAUCUCACACGAUACAGGUGGCCUCUGCUACUUACAGCUUAAAAUAUUACAAUAAUCACCACAUUUAAUAUAAAACUUUAUU